AUGGAAACCACAACUAAGCCCCAACUCCUGGUGUUCCUGACUCUUUGCGGCAUCCUCUUCUCGCACACCUUGGCAUGGCCUCUUUUCGGAGCACUCCCAUCUCCAAGUAGGUUGGGUGAUAUAAUAUCAUCUGAAGGGGAAAGUGACCCUGAUCAAGUUUCAGUAAAGGCAGACACUGACCUACUGCAGAAUGUGUUAGCUGAAAAUGACACACCCUAUUACGAUGUAUACAGAAAUACCAGACAUGCUGAUGGAGUUUUCACCAGUGACUAUAGUAGACUUUUGGGUCAACUUUCUGCCAAAAAAUACCUUGAGUCUCUUAUUGGGAAACGAGUUAGCAAUGAUAUCUCAGAAGACAAUGCACCGAUCAAGCGUCACUCUGAUGCAGUGUUCACUAAUAACUACACCCGCCUAAGAAAGCAGAUGGCUGCAAAGAAGUAUCUGAACUCCAUUCUGAAUGGGAAGAGGAGGCUGGAUUUCCGGUUCCGCCACCGCUGCUGCAGCUGGCGGCGUCUUCGUCCACCUGUUUACACUAUGUCCAGCGGACUCCCGAAGGCGUUGCGCAGCGACUCCUACGUAGAACUGAGCCACUUCCGGGACCAGCACUUCUGGGGUGACAUUGAAGAACAAGAAAAAUUACUAAAGAAAAGCUGUACACUGAAAGUCAGGAAAAUAGAAAUAAAGGCCUGUCCUGUGCAUAUGAUCAGGAAAGACUUUAAGAGAGCCCAGUCUCUCACCUCUGACUACCUCAAGGGUCUCCACGAGAAGGAUGUAAAAGUUAAGGAAGACUUGUUAACUAUCUGCCAGAGUAUUGAAGACAUACCCUCACACAAACACACAGAGACCCCUGGCAACAAUGGCUACGAGAUGGCUACAAGACUUAUUGGUUCCAGGCAUUUAAAUAAAUCCCAGAACAAUCAUUAA